AUGAAAACCGAAAAGGAAGAUAAGAUAAAGUGGAUCGAAGAUACAACGAAUAGAAAUGAUGUGGCGAAAAAAAAAUAUAUAAAUGUUGGAUUGAUUGAGACACUGAGCGCAGCUGCCGCGCGACGCGGCGGUAUCUCUCCGCGUAGUCUGCUACCUCACACCCUCGUCUUGCGCGACCCAGCAGCAGCAGCAGCAGCAGCAGCAGCAGCAGCAGCAGCAGCAGCAGCAGCAGCAGCAGCAGCGGCAGCAGCAACAGCAGCAGCAGCAGCAGCAGCAGCAGCAGCAGCGGCAGCGGCAGCACGUGGGUGCUGGUCGAAGGGGUCGCGCGCGUGGAAUGAGGGUGACGCAAGGAGGAGUUGGAGGCGAAGGCGGAGGUGGGAGCGGAGGUUCGAGGAAGAGGCAACGACGGUGGCGGAGGCGGCCGACCGAUCGCGAACGCGAAGGACUCCGAAGGGCUCCCCAGCAAUCCUACGCUCCCCAUCGUGGUUAAUCAAUUUUCGCAGCGGUAACAGUUUCGAGUGUGCAACGUUCUUGACGAGUCUUCUAUUAGGACAAGGAUAUAAUGCAUUUGUAGUUUUUGGAUAUGCAUCCCGCGAACAAGUUCAAUACAAUAGGACCAAAAUCUCCUGCCCGUAUUUACCGGAAGAUUUGAAAGAAUUAAAACUGUCGAAAGAAGAAGAUGUUAAUUUAAUAUAUAAAUUGAAACCUCCUGCGGAUUUUAGAAGCAAAUUUUUAUUGAAACUGGAUGCCAGAGAAAAGCUUAAACUGGAAACUGAAGUUAAAGAGGAAGAAGAAAAGCAAGCUACAAUUAUAAUUGAAUUGGAAAAACCACCACCAGAUAAAUAUUAUGGAUAUAGAGUUCAUGCAUGGGUCGUCGUCUUACCUGCUCUUAAUAAUAUGAAAGAAAGACAAGUUAAAAAUCCAUUCUUUAUCGAGCCCUCGUCCGGAGAAAUGUACGAUCUGCUCGAUCCUCGAACUAAUCUUUUAUACCUAGGUGUAGAAAGUAUCUGGAAUGAUGAAAAUUAUUGGAUAAAUAUGCAGCAGCAGGAUUCGACGAUCGGUUGUGACAAAAUAAAUUGGAAUUUAACUCUAACGGAGCUAUGGGAGCAUCUACUUCCUGGCGAAUCAUGGAUUAUGCGUGACGUUGAGGAUGAUCUAAACGAAGAAUUAAAUAUUGAGAUAGAGCGGGAGAAACACUUAGAUAUGCCCUCCUCUUAUGUAAAUGAAAUAUACAUAAAUAGUUUAGAUUUUGAGAGGCGAUAUCCUCGAGGUCAUAAGACAAUAUUUUACAAGAAAGUUAAAGUAGAUUUGUAUGCUCCUUAUACGCAAUCAGAUGGAAUAAUAGAAAAAUUAACAAUAUAUGAUGAUUAUGAGUAUACAACUCCGAUUGAAAUUUAUGAAAAAUAUGCUAAUAGGAGCGAUAAUCUAGUAAAAUCACGAAGAAACUUGAAUACCAAUUAUAUUAUCGAUUACUAUGAAAGGGGUCGCUCUGAUGCAUGUAAAGAACAUCGCUAUUAUAAUCACGACAAUAGUUCAUUCGUAUUUAGCGAAAGAGUAUUAUGUUUCUAUGACAUGGUUCGUCUUGAUGGAUUAUCUGAAAUCCAUAUGUAUCCUUUCCGUUUAACACAAUAUUAUGUUAAUCGUGAAGAUCUCCUGUACUACAGGAACGCCGAGUUCUCGCCGUAUAAAGAUGAAUCUACAAUAGAAGGAAUACAUUAUCGUUAUAUUCAAACGAUAACUGAAAAAUAUCAUAGAAAUGAAGUAUUACCGGCAUCUAAAGAUAUUGCUGUACGUGAAUUUGUUUUAACGGAAAAAGAGAUACAUCUGAAAUUUCAUUAUGAAGAUGAAAGAAUCACAAGAGCUAUACGGGUAUAUAAGAAGCCAGAGACAGGGGAACAUCUUAAUAUUCAUACCGCUAUCAUUCAAGAAUACAACUCGGAUAUUAUGUCACCGCCUGAAAAAAGCUUAUAUCUACUUUAUGAAAUAGAAAAAUUAUUAAAGGAGGAAGACCAAUGUGUAUCUAAUAUCAGAGAUGCCGAAACUGAAAUUUCUUUAUUUAUAAAAAGACGAACGAGCGAAUAUUUAACUCCAAAUUUAAUGAUUUCUUCGUUCGACAGAAAUAGAAUUGAUACGAGAAAAUCCAUAAAGGCUACAACAACGGUAUCUUCUUCGCAAGACAUUGCAAAACCUCCUGAUCACUUGGCUCCAUACUUGGCACGAAUAGGAAAUCCAAAGCAGAUAAGUAAAGCUCAAGCAUAUCUAUUACGAGAAGAUUGUCUAAAUGAUUUUAAGCAAUCAGAGGUGGAUAAAGGGAAUCUUAUUUUACGUGAAUCUGAAAAGCUUACACAGAAACUGAAUGAAUUGCAAAUGUUACUAACACAGAAUGAAGAUUUAACACGGGAGGAAGAAGAAGAGUUUAUAGCAAAAUGCAAUGAAAUAACCUUUAAUCUGCAGUUGUUGGAUAUAAAGUUAGAACGUCAUAAGAAUUUAGUUCCUAUACGAUAUAAAAUGCUAGUAGAGCUUUUACAGGAAGACGAACGCCUUUCCAGUCUCUACAAGUAACAACAUACAGUAAGUUAAAAACAAUAAGGAACUUUUAUAUUUAUAUAGAUAAAUGUUACUUUGCUUUUCGUGUGCGUGCGUGCGUGCGUGCGUGCGCGCGUGCGCGGCUGCCGCACAUGCGUGCCUAUGUGUCACUUGGCGCAUUAUUUCAAAGUGAAG